GUUUUUGUUGGUUCAGAGAGGAGUGUUGUUAAAAUACCGAAUGAAUGCGGAAGAUUGUAUGAGUUUCCUUUUUGCCUCCAUUUCACAUUUAGUUAUUUUUUAACGAUGGAUAAAAUUAAAAGUGUGAAAAUAAUAGAGUGUGAUGAAUCAUUAUAUUUAAGACCUGUUCGAAUGAUAUAUGAGCAGGAUGGAAAUGAGAAAUUUUGGGAUUUAAUGCGUGUUCAUGAUAGUGUUGCUAUUAUCAUUUACAAUACCACAAGACAGAAAUUAAUUUUUGUGAAACAGUUUAGACCUGCUGUUUACUAUGCUGAAGUGAAAAAUGAGGAUUGUGAAGGCGAAAUUGAUGUUAAGAAGUAUCCCCCAAGUUUAGGAUUAACUAUAGAACUUUGUGCUGGUAUUGUAGAUAAGGAUCAAAGCUUAGUUGAAACAGCAAGAGAUGAAGUGUUUGAAGAAUGUGGAUAUUCUGUCCCAUUAUCAAUGUUUCAGAAAGUAACCUCAUAUAGAUCUGGUGUCGGUGUUGCUGGGUCUGUACAAACUCUAUAUUAUGUUGAAGUUGUAGAUUCCAUGAAAGUUACAAGUGGUGGAGGAAAUUCCCAUGAAGGAGAAUAUAUUGAAGUAAUCGAAAUGGAUCUGCCAGAGGCGCAUUCACUAAUAUAUGAUGAAACUGCUCCACGCCCACCUUCUCUUUUAGUAGCUUUGAUGUGGUUUUUUCAAAAUAAGGCUUCAGGAAGACUAUCCCAAAAAUUGUAAAAAUGUAUAUUUAAUUUGUAAAUAUCUUUCUAUAUAGUGUAUAAAAAUAAAUGUUAGUUUUGUGUGUUUUUCA